CUGCAGGUCCACGCCUAAUCAAGGAAGUAAGAGUGCUGCGACACAAAGUCUGAUUCACACUGCAAACACGGACUCUUCUCUGUAGGGACACUUUUUUCAGCUUUGGACAACAAUGAAGAACAAGGUGCUUUUUGCUCUGAUGGUGAUUAUAUCAUCAUUGCUCGCGACCACACAAACUACUACAACUACUCGACCAAGAACUACAACUCCACCAAGUCUUCCAAGAGCAAAUUUAAAUGGGAAGAUGUUCACAUUAUCUGUGGGAGGGAUAACCUUUUAUUCACCAUAUUCUACCACGCCCCACUCACCACAACCAGCCACCACCAGCUCCCCUUAUCAGACAACACAGCCUUCGGUUACAGGUUGGUCUCUGUGUCUGCGUUACCUCAGUGACACACAGUCCCACAAAAUCCUCACCAUCUGUCCAUCCUGCUACAACUCUGUAAUUCUGAGCGCUGCGUCUAAAACUUUAUUUCGUCUGUCCAACGGUUAUGGUAGUGGUUCCAGUUCCAAUUUCGAGCCAAACAUUAAUUUUAUGUCAGCUAGUGAAUUGGACAUAUGGACUAAAGUCUGUGUCACUGUGGACAACGUGAAGAGUGUGGCCCAGCUGUUCAGCGGCUCAAACAUGAGCAUCAGGAAGAUGCUGCGUUUAAAGUGUUCAUGGACAGGUGCACCAACGAUUAGAAUUUCAGGUUUUGAUGGUCAGGUGACAGACGUUCAGAUGUGGGAUUAUCCUCUACUUUACGAAGACGUCAGCAACUACAUGAACUACAGAGAUUACGCCGGCUCCAUUCUCACCUGGUCUGACAUCAGAUACUCUCCUGAUGGGAACUUGCUGCUGGAGGACGUCUACGAAUUUCAGGCAAGAGAGCCAAUCAGCAGGAGGAGGAAGGGCCGUCGUCGCAAGGGAGGGAAGAAGACAAGGAAGGGUUUCACUUUGGGUGAAAGUGAAAUGUAAGGCUUUGAGGAAACAUACAAACGCACAUAUAAACUGCAUCCUCUGUUCUUCAAUCAGUAAUUCAUCUCUACUGUCAAAGAAACGGUCCUGUCUAUAACAAACUGUCUGUCGACGAUCAUCUUACAAGCCAUGGCCAAAUCUUCUCUUUGUACCGGUUUAAUGAGUAUUAAAGGAAACUUUAGGUUUUGCUUUCGACUACUAUCCAUCGCAUCCUUUUUGUUUGAGGUUUGAGCAACGAAACUACGACACAUAUUACGCUUGUACACGGCAAAAUCCACAAAACCAUAUUUAAAUGAAUGUAUUUCCACCUGCUUUCAUGUCACGACUGAAGGAAAUGAAUAUGUUUGUCUUGAAUAAUGAGUCGUACAUAAAAUGUUCCAAUAUCCAACACAAGGUGAGCACAGUGAAAUACAGACAUUCAGCCUAUAUUAGUCAUUUGUUUUGUAUUUUUUAUGUCCAGGUUCAGACUUUAGAGUCACUCUCACUGUGAUCACAACUUCAUUUACGACACAUUAAUCAUGAUUUUAUAAUGCUUGUUUUUCUUGCUCUCUUCAAGUGUGUAUUCACAGAUUACAUGCAAAUAUCUAACCCUCACUAAUCUUCAUGUGAAAAACAUGAAUGUACUAAAAUGAAUGAAAGCACUCUGGUUACAGUCAACUGUUACUGAGCAUAUCAGAGAAGUUACAGAAAAUGACAGUGGACUCAGCGGAACCUAAUUACUGUAUGUGAGUCAUUUUGAUCAUAUUGUCACAGUAGUAGUAUUUAGAAUUUGGUCAGAAACUGUACCUACAUUUUAUUUCAACAUAAUAGAGACCACUGUAUUGGCAACAAGAUCAAACAGACAAGCUGUUUGUGGCCAAAAUAUUCAAAUAUGAUCUUAGAUAUUCCACGUUAUUCUUGUAUCUGCUUGUAAAAAUACACUUAAACAGGGAUGACAUGAAAAUGUUGAUUUAAUUUGAUGCAAGGCUGCCGUGACUUAAAUAUAAUACUGUAUCAUAAAUGAAAAGCCGUGUCAAGAGUAAGUAGAUUCAAACAAAGUUAAUAACUGUAGAACAUCUAUACACAUAAAACUUAAAUCAACCCCAUCACUUUCCGACUUAAAUGUAGGUCAUAUAAACAGGUCAUAUAGUGCUUUAGUAUAGUGGUUGUGGCUUUAAACAAAAAAGAAUGUGUCGCUGUGCAAUAUCGUAAGCUUGUAUUAAUCUAGGUUUAGCUUGUCAUUUGGAAGAUUUGAAUUUUCUCCCAUUUCAUAUGAUGAUGGAUCAAAGAUUACGGCACUUAAAACACCAGGGUCAAUGCAAUUUUAACAAUAUUAAAUAUGCCUUAAUAUUUGAAGAUGAAGCUGUUUUCAGGUAAUUACCCAAUCACAUGCAUGUUAAAACACAAAUGUGAAUGGUUUUUGAUAUCGAGUACAAAAUAUGACUUCAUAUCAGUGAUCUUGAUACAAUCAUUUGUGCAAAUAUGUACAGGUUCUUUGUUCCAGUUUCAGGCCAAAGUUAAACCUCAGAUCUUUCUCUUUUUUUUUUUAUUAACUAAUCUGGAGUUUGAUUAAAUGUUUUUUUUUUAGUAUUCAAACAUUGGCAGAGACACCAAUAAAUAGGUGGACCUUAGCAAAACAGUUAUUAUUCAUUAACACGUCAUAAAAUCUUGACAUUCUCAGUGUUGGUUAGCAGAUAAGCAACAAACAACAACACUAAUGCUAAGAAAGGUAAAUAAACAUUGUAAAAAGACAUUCUUUUUUUUAUGAGACGUCUAAAGUUAUAUCAAAAUAAUUAUUGUACGACCGCAGAGUUGGGAGACCAUUGUUUACAAAAGUCUUAAUUCUCAGCCGCUACAGAGUGGUACAUGAGAACGAAUGGCCCACAAUUAAACAAAAUAGUAAUCAUUUGUUAAAAUGUUUUCUUUUAACAAAUAUAAAACUUACAUGGUUGCCCAACAACCAGAUGCCACAGGGUUUGUUUUUUCCAGCCAGCACUUUUUCUUUUUUACUUUACAAUCAUCUUAUUUUUAACCCAGUGAUAUUUUUAACUGCAUACAAAUAACGACCAGAUACACACAAAGAUUAUCUGCCAGUAAGUCAGAGUAACAUACAGUGUUUAAAAUACAAAUGACAUGAUAAAUACAUGACCUGUAAAAAUGUUAUUGCUGUCAUUUUAUUGUAUAUGGCUUUGCUAUUAUUAUAGUAUAGUUAUGGUUCCAGGACUGUUUAAAAGAGUCACACGGGUAAAUCAAUUACUUCUCAAAAAUUCUAACGGCUUUGCUCAUUAAAAUAAAAAUUGAACUUCA